AUGAAUAAGCUGGCAAACAUGCGUCAUUGGUCCGAGAGGAUGAGCCCCAAUUUCGGAAUGGGUCGUCCCAACAUACAGAUGAACGGCAUUAACCCGCAUCCCAAAAGCGCCGCACAACCCGCUGGUGCCAUCAGCUCACCUCUGGCCGCUGAUGCUAUAAUUCAUUACUCGUUCAACGUUCCUUUUGCCUCCGACCUCGCCGGUCCCGAUACCGAGGAUAUUGUCCACGCUACGACUGACGCUGUACUCCGAUGGACGCACCCUGCCGAUGCCCCCGACGAUGUAAAAGUUCACGAGCUGCCAGUUCACGCGCAAAAUCUCGCCAAUCUAGGGAGGCUGUGUCGUGAUUUGUCUGUUGGGCCAUUGCCCAUUGAAGCACAUGUGACUUCAUCGUUUCCCAAGAAUGGCAGAGGUCAGGUCACUACAGUCUGUCUUUCGGGCUCCCCUGAGCUGGUUCACAAGAGCCGCGAGACCAUAUUGAACGAGAUACCCAUUGCCAUGCGCUGUACCACGAUUGAUAUCGACGGCAAACUAGUAUGCGAUCUCAACGCUGGCGUUCUCAAGAAACCCGUUGUGGAAGCCUUUGACUACAUCUCAACUUAUUGUGGUGUGGACAUCUUUCUGCUCGGCCCUAAGCUGACCCCGAUGAUUGAUGGCAUGACGGGUGACUCGGAAAUGCGAAUGGAUAAACGAUGGAGAGUGGCCAUCUAUGGAGAUAUUCUCUCUUCGGAGCAUGCCAAGGCUCGCGUCUUGAUCCACAUUGAUACUUUGCUCGGACGUGCAGUUGAUGCCACUCGGAUCGAGCUGUCCCUUCACCAGCUUGUGUGUGGCCGCCACAGAAAGAACAUCAAGCUGAUAGAAUCAUCUACUGGAACUGCCAUUUACUUCCCGCCUCUUUUCUCUCAGAUGUACCGCUAUUGUCCCCAGAACGCUACCCGUCGUGAUCCCACCGACAUCUUCAUCACGGGCGAAACAUCCCAGGCAAUCGAGUUGGCCAAGCAGAAGUUGCACGAAACCGUAUCCAGAAUACGACUCUACGUCAAGGACGUGACCAUUCCUGCUGCCAAAAUCGACAGCAUUCUUCUGGGCCGUCUGGACAAGGUUCGCAAAAUUCUCGAGGCCAAUGGAACUUAUAUCAUGUUUCCACCUUUGGCCUGCCAGCGGACCACAGUACGGGUCCAGGGAGGCGAAGGGCUGCCUGUCGAGCGAACAGUUAGAGAGCUCAUGUCGCUGGCUGGGCAAUUCUAUGGUGCCGGAUGGUACAUUCAGCAGCCUGAAACUCGACAGGCCCCUGCUCCAGCAGACAUUCGAAGCAUGUUAUCGGAAAUUUGUGCCAACGCUGAGGCGGACUUGUCGUAUGACAAGAUGAGCUUUACCGUUGCAGGAUCGGAUGAUGCUGUCAAGUGUGCGCUCACUGUAAUAUCUGACCACAAAUUCGUCUCCCAGUCACAAUAUCAGAUUCGCGUCAAGAUCGAGCUUGCCAACGAACAUAAAGAAUUCGUCAGCGGCAAGAAGAAUGGCAAGAUAAACAAGAUUAUGGGCCAGAGCAAUGUUCAGAUCAUUUUCGACGGCUUCAACGAGUACAACUUCAACAUUGAUGUCAUGGCUGCCAGCUAUGACUCAAUGAGACAAGGCCUCUCGUUGGUGGAGCAAGAGAUGCCCGCAUCCAUUUCUUUCCAUGUCCCCGACCAGUAUCACAAGCGCAUCAUCGGCAUCGGUGGUCAGCACAUCCAGCGGAUUAUGAAGAAGCAUUCUGUUUUUGUCAAGUUUUCCAACGCCAUGGACAGAGGCGGCAUGGGACGCGAGGAUGAUGAUAUCAAGGUUGACAACGUCAUUUGCCGCACGCCCGCUCGCAACGCCCAGAACUUGGAUGCCGUGAAGAAUGAGAUUCUCGAAAUGGUGGACCGUGCUGAUUCCGAAUAUACCACCCAAAACGCCAGUGUGGACCGCCUUUACCACCGUGAACUUAUUGCUCGUCUUCCCGAGAUUGAUGAGUUGGAGCAAAAGUACAACUGCAAGAUCAACUUCCCCAGUACGGAAGAAGCUAGCGAUGAGGUUACAGUUACCGGACCGCAAUGGCAGGUUCCUCACUGCGUGGACGAGCUUUUAGGCAUGGUUCCAGACAAGCAUGAACUGGUUCUCGCUCGUACUCCAGAGUUGGUGCGGUUUUUGGAGUCGCCAAACUUUGCCACAGACCUCGUCAUUAAACUCAAGGCCCAGUACGAGGUUGAGCUCACCGUUCACCAAAACCCUGCCGAGCUCACCGAAGACGGCUCCCCAACCAUGACGUUGAUCUGGGGGUUCACCCGCAACAAUGCUGGUGGACUGCGUGACGCCCUUGAUUUUCUUCAAGCCCAGAUGGCAACCGCGACUGUGGACGUGACUAUUGUCAAGGGAUUGAUCCCUCGACCAAAGUCGGACUCGUUCGAGGAUUCGCUCCAGUACUUUGACUCCAAACUCCUUCAGCAUGCGCCUGCCUCGUCCUCCACCGACUCCCCAGUCAAGACGGGAUUCGGUGCCGAAGUUGCACGCGAACGAAGCAGCAUCCUGGAUCGCCUACGCAAGCCUGGCAGCAUGACGUCCAUCUCUGCGUUCCUGGAUCGCAGAAAGAAUAGCUCUCAUUCCAUGAACAGCAGCUUUUUCAAGGGCUCCAGCAACGUGUCCAAAUCCUCUCUCAUUUCCAUCGAAUCAACCCGGAGCUUCAACGCUGAUCGCAAUCCGUGGAACGACAGCGGAGUCAACUUGGCCGAGGACGAAAACCCUUGGGCGCCACGGCCUUUCAGCAAGCACAUGGACAACAAGUUGAGCAUUCCACUUUCCGGCGAUGCUACGCCUCGCCACAGCGCCCGCGCGUCUGGAGACAGCGGCCGCCCUUCGACUUCUCACUCUUUGAAUUCUGGAUACCCCGCCCCCAUCGGGCCUUUCCGUUAG